GGGAGUGCAGGCGGGGGCAGGGCAGCUGGGUACAUCUCAGAUGUUCGAUGGGAUUCCUCAACAGCAGCACCAGCAGUACCAGCACCAACAGCUACAACAGCUGCAGCUGCAUCAACACCAGCAACACGAGCAGCGGCAGGAACAACAGCAGCAACAGCAGCAGCAACAACAGCAGCAACAGCAACCGCAGCAGCAGCACCUGCAACAACAGCAGCAACAACAGCAGCAGAAGCAGCAACAACAGCAACCGCAGCAGCAGCAACAACAGCAGCACCAGCAGCAGCAGCCGCCGCCGCAGCAGCCGCGUCAUCGGCGUGUGGCCUCCACAGGCGCCGCAGCAGUGGUGGCAGCAGCAGUGGCAGCCGCAGCAACCACCACAGCAGUGUCGCUGUCUCGCAGCGCCAGCAGCACGGGCCGCCACGACUCCCCCUACCGCAGGGGAGCGGGGCUCUCUAAGGGCGGCAGGGGCGGCAAGGACGGCAAGCCAGGGGGCUGGCCAAGCCAGUGGGGCAGCAGCGGUGGGCGUAGUGGGGGGAGUGGGGGUGCAAGUGGUGGCAUGCCCCCUCGGCCCAGCACAAGCAGUGGCGCGAGUCAGGUGCCUGUGGCGUCGGGGUUUGGGCCCUGGGAUGCCGCCACGGCAAUGCAAGCUGCUGCUGCUGCCGGUGCUGCUGCCGGUGGUGGUGCUGCUCUGCCUGCUGGUGUGGCCGCCAGUGGAACCGCAGCAGGGAGUGCGGAGUUAGUGUGGCAGCAGCAGCUGUGGCAGCAGAUGCAGCAGAUGCAGCAGCAGCAGAUGGGGGCUAACUUGAUGCAGGCACAGCCCAUGGCGCCCCAGGCGUGAUUCCCAUGGUGCCAUCACACCAGUUCCCACUGCCCAUGCAGCAGAUUAGCAUGCAGCAACCCUGCAUGCAGCAACCCAGCAUGCAGCAACCCAGCAUGCAGCAACCCAGCAUGCAGCAGCACUUGCCUCCUAACCCCAUGCCCUCGUCAGCAAUGCCUGGUGCUGCCAUGAAUGCACAUCCUCCCCUCCCGCCUACGCUCUGGCAGGGCACGGCAUGCCAGGCAUGCUAGUGGCGCCAGGGGUCAUGGCGCCAGGUGGCAUGGGGCAAGGG